CUACCGGUACGCAGCAGAUCGUUCCCCCAUUUAGCGUGCUUCCGUAACCCCUGCAUAAAAGCCGCCACCUCUCUCUCCCCAACAAUUGUGUGUGCAGAAUCAAGAGAGAGAGUGAGAAUCGGAAGCUAUUUUCUCUCUCUAAUCUUCCCAAGAGAGAGAAUGUGACAGUUUUUAGAGAGAGAGAGAGAGAGAGAGAGAGCGAGAGAUAGGGGUUUGGGUGGGUGGGUUGCUUGCUUGGUGGUUUGUGUGAUCAUCAUCAGCUUAAAGGAGAGAUUGCGUUCAAAAAGCAAUCAAUCUGUUUGCGCAUCAGGAUUUGCAGAAAGAUAUGAAAUUGAGCAGAAAACUGUAAUGAGCUGCUGCUUUUCAGUUGUUGGUUGACUGGAUCUGAAGGACUGAAUUUGUGGGAGAAUCAGAAGACUGGGUUAAAAUGAGUUGGAACCCGCAAAUGGAAGUUAAUUACGCAAACGCUACCUUUCCUUAUAAUUCAGCCGGUAGCUUUAUAAAUUUCUUCGAAGGCCUUGCUUAUGAACAUGUGAAUUUCAUUUUUGCUGAUUCAUUGCCUGCUCAGGAGGGCAUGUACCCUUCAAUGCAUACAAGCUUGUACAAAUUUGGGUUAUCUGAACCGGGGAGUGUUUCAUAUUAUGAUUACAGUCCUGCUCAUGUGCUCAAUGAACAUGCACCAACAAUGGAUGAAUAUAGUAGGCAUUUGGAGAACUUUUCAACAAUGACUAGUGAACAGACUGCAGCUGUACAUACACAAUGGGAAGGAAAUUCAAGCACAAAUAUUGAUGCUAAUCAUGUAGAUGUAGAAUGUCUCCAAGGUAAUCAUAAUGCUCGUGAUUAUCAGGUCGUUUGGCAAGACAAUGUUGAUCCUGACAACAUGACUUAUGAGGAAUUACUUGAGUUAGGUGAGGCAGUUGGAACUCAAGGUCGAGGUCUUUCCCAAGACCUUAUCUCCUUGCUUCCUGUAAGAAAGUUCAAGUCUGGCUUCUUCUCAAGAAAGAAAUCUAGAAAUGAAAGGUGUGUAAUUUGCCAGAUGGAAUAUAAACGAGGUGAACAGCAGGUGAUUCUUCCAUGCAAACACCUCUACCAUGCUGAUUGUGGCACCAGAUGGCUUAGUAUCAACAAGGCUUGCCCCAUUUGCUACACUGAGGUGUUUGGUGAUGCGUCAAAGCACUAGAGUUGUCGCUAGCAAGCAUAAAGAGAAGUACCUCCAUUUGUUUUUUGUUUGUCUUUCUGAGUUUAGUUUUAUUUUCUUCACAGAACAUUGCUUUCGUUUUCGUUUUCGUUUUUCCACGGUUUCUACACUAGGUCUACUUUAUUAGCUUCUGUAGUAAAAUGAAAGAUCAUGAACACAACAGGGGAUGAUUCUGUUAUGAAGCUCAUUACAAUGGUUUUUAUUGGUUCAAGUUUGUUAUAUUAGUAGAUGGUUAAGAUGAAUUCCCACUUUAUAUGGAGGUUUAAGACUUC